AUGGCCCACAGCAUCCAGCGUGCCCUCCUCCUCCUGACAUCCGAGGGCUGGGAGGUAACCCUGCAGUGGGUGCCCUCACACUCAGGCAUACGAGGCAACGACAUCGCCGCCGCCGCCGCCAAGAUGAGCCUUGCGGAGGUAAACAUCACGCCGCUCCCCCUCCCACUCUCCACGGCCAAACGCCUCAUCUCCCGCACCUUCCACGCCUCCUGGGACGACAAGCUUGUCAACACCCUCCGCAUCACCUCCAUGGGCCAGUACCGCACCAACACCUCCCCACAGCUGUGGACACUGUACAAGACAUCCUCUUCCUCACGUGCUUUGCCUUCCCCUUCACCUGCCUCACCCGCGCUCUUUCUCCCUGCACAGACUCAGCACGAGGUCAACGUAAGUUCUUCUCGCGUGGCUCUCACAGCGUCCCGCCGCCACCACGGGCAGCGACUCUCCUGCACGGCGCUCAACCCUCUCUUCCCCGACCACCCCUUCACAGACUCCCUCCUGCUCAACGUGACAUAUCCGCCAGUAGCCUCGCUGGAGCUGGGUGGCAGGUCGGCUUCAGUACUGGUGCAUGAAGGAGAGGACGUCACCUUCACAUGCAAUGUGGACGCCAAUCCACCCUCAUACAAGACUACCUGGUACCUGGCGGAUCGCCCCAUCGUGGAGGGUCCCGGGGUGGAGAUCAGUGUUAGCAGACUGGCGCUCAGUAGUGUUACCAGACACCAGGCGGGCCCCUACACUUGCUCGGCAUCCAACGUGGAAGGUGACGCCCGCAGCACACCGCUCAACCUGACAGUAAACUAUGCACCCAUAUGCGAGGAGCCGCCGUCAGGGGAGACGCGGAAUCUCUACGUGGCAGGGGUGGGCCGGCCGGUGAAUGUGAGCUGCGGCGUGCUGGCCUCCCCGCCCUCUGUUAGGUUCUCGUGGGUGUUCAACAACUCGGUGGCCUCAGAACGACUUCCGGGCGACCAGGUAUUCACCACACCAGGUGGGCAAAGUGUGGCGGAGUUUCUUCCCAAGAUGCACCAGGACUCGGGGACAUUACAGUGCUGGGCCCAGAACAGCGUGGGGAGGAUGAUCCAACCCUGCCUGUUCGAGGUAGUGCCUGCAGGUCGUCCUCAACGCCCUAUGUCAUGUGAAGUUGUCAACAAGACGUACGACUCGCUGGGCGUGGCCUGCACUGCGGGCUUCGACGGAGGACUAAAGCAGAGCUUCUCCGCCAGGGUGUUUGAGAGCGUGACGGGCAUCGAGCAGCUGAACGUGACGUCGCACCAGUCUACCUUUACUUUGGAGGGUCUCACACCGGGCCUAGACUACGUGAUUCAGGUGUCGGCGCACAACGACCUCGGAGCCUCGCCCGCCGUCACCCUUGAGGCCUUCACCUACAAGACGGCAGAGAACAGAAUGCGGAACGAGAAGGUGGAGGAGGUGACGAUCCCCGAGACGGAGGACAGUCGUGGUGGAGGUGGUGAAGGACUUGUGACUGAAGCGGUGCUGGUGUCUGCUGUGGCUGCGGCGGUGGUGUUACUGCUAGCCACGGCGACGGUGGUGGUGCAGUGUGUGCUGAGGAGGGGGAGCCACCACCACCACCCUGACCUCACCACUCCCAAGGCCACAACGUCUGCUGGGCCAACGGCCAACGCUAGAUCUGCUGCCUCGGCUGCGUCCUUCGUUGUGAGUCAGCAGACACGCAGGACCUUUGCCGGUGGUCACCUCAGCGCCAUGAUGCACACCGAGGUCUCCCUUGAGCUGUCUGACUUGCUGAUGGGAGGAGCAUGUACCCCUCCGAUGCCCCCUCUGCCCCCCCUGCCGCCCCCUCCCGGCACUCGCAAAUGACAGUUUGCCACGUAUUGCCGGGCAGCGUGUGACCCCCUGAGCCCCCUCGUGGUGCACAGCCACCUCAUCAGGACGCCCGUGCCGCCGCCGCCGCCGCCCCUGAUGUACCCCAAAAUGGCGUGAGGUGAGGGUAAAGAGCAGUGAGUAACCCAUUAGGUGAGGAGGAAGGGGAGCGGAAGCGUGAUUCGGUGUUAAGUGAAAGUGGGAGGGAGGCUGGUACAAACUGACGUUAAUUGAUAAGCAGGAGGGAGGGUGACAGUUACCUGGCAUUGGCUGGGUGGUAAGACAGAAUUGGGAUAGGUAUGAGGCAGCUGGAUCUGGACGAAGUGGAUGCAGAGGACUGAAGAUUUUGGCGACAACAUACAAAAGUGGCCGAGAAGGGAGAAGACAUAAGAUUUUGAUUUGGGGUCAUUUGAAGAGGAGAGAAAACAGUGACCUGUCGUGGGUUGAGUGAUCAGUGAUAAGGGAAGUGCGACCUUGCAAGACUUAAGCAGGGUUACGGUGUAGCGCCCUGAGAGUGGGGGAGCGGCCCAGAAGUGCUGGUAACACUGGGUUAAAAAUAAAUGUAAGUUGACUAAGUUUUUUCAAAUGAUUUAGGACAAAUUUGCACCGCUGAAUCCGAAAAUUACUCUCGUUUCUCUCGAUCAGGUCAGGUUUUUGUGCUAAAUCGAUUAAAAAAAUCCAACUAAAUCGAUUACAUUUUUGUGACAUUUUCGGUUGAUUUUUGUUAAUAUUUAUCAUCCGAAAUAGGUUUUGAAGAUGAAAAAAAUCUUUUUCAAACACAAUGCAUAAAUUAAAUAUUACAAAAAUGAUAAGUGUACAUUGAAUAGUAGACAUUGACAAAGGUAAAUACAUGUAAAUUGGGUUUC